GCGCGAGUUCGCCGCGCGCACGCACGCACACACGCGGUGCCGCGUCGAGAGAGAGCCUCACGGCCUGGAAGGAUUUUCGGCGGACGGCGUCCGUCCUCGCCCGAUUCGCCGAUCGAUUCGCCGACGCCGCGCGCGCUCGAUCGCCCGCUCGAAUCCCGGGGUGGGGGUGGAUUUUGCGUCGAUCCCCCGCGUGCGAUUGAAACUGCGGCGUGCGUGCGUGCGUGUGAUUCUUGCAUCCGUGCCUCUACGUCCGCGUACGACGCGAAUCUGAUUUGUUUUACGCUGAGCUACGACCAUGGAAACUGGAAAUAACUUGCCCAGCCCGGGCACUUAUCCCGGCGGGGAUCGCCAGCAGUUCUGUGUCUCUUGGAACUCUCAUCAGUCGAACAUGCACAGUGCGUUUCCAAAGCUACUCAGCUCGGAGCAGUUUGUCGAUGUGACUCUGGCCUGUGACGGAGGCUCGAUAAAGUGUCACAAGGUUGUGUUGUCCGCCUGCAGUGACUACUUGGAGCGCCUACUGUUGGAGAUACCGUGCACCCACCCCGUUAUCUUCCUCAGAGACAUGAAGAUGUGGGAGCUUCAGGCCCUGGUCGAGUUCAUGUAUCGCGGCGAGGUGUACGUCGAACAGCAACAGCUGGCUACAUUGAUGCAAGCGGCGGAAGUUUUGCAGAUUCGUGGCUUAUCCACUCAGGGAAGCGAUAACUCGGCGAGCGAGAGCAAUACGCAAUCGUGCGAUUCUAACGCGCCUGUCACCCCGUCGACUCCUACUCACGGCGACAGCAACUUCAAGGUGGAAACCUCAUCCAACGACGAGACCUCCUCUGACUUCCUCUCAUGCCCGACAAUGACUAACACGGGAAACAACUCUGCCGCCAUCACACCACCUGCCUCGCACAAUCCCAACUCCUCCAACUACGUCAACAUGGAGCACAGCGAGGCGCUGCAGCAUUUAGAAAAAGCCCUCAGCGCCUGCGAGGCGACCCUCACCGAAACCACGGGUAUGGUGAAAAUGGAGCCGGACGAGCAGUUUGUACAGCAGCAGGAAAAACCGUACUCCAUUAGCAUGGUGUCCAGUAAUAAUUGCAAUCCCAGCAGCCCAUUUCCCGCGAUCGAAGGUUAUCAAAGACGACAAAGGCGUUCGGAAGAGGAACUCAAGCAAGCUUCGGACAUGGUGGCACGCGGCAUGACGUUUCAAGUAGCCUCGGAAAAGUACAAGAUACCGAUCAGCACAAUCCGCUUCUACAUGGUCAGAAAGGGCAUUUUACAGAGGCGAAAACGCGGCCGCGGCUCCAGCAAUCUCGGUAUGAACAGCCAGCCGAGCAGUCCGGCCAGUCCACCGUAUCAUAUGAUGAAUUAUCGUUUGCCGGAGAGCCUAAAUUCCAGCCUACCGUAGUGCUGUACAAAGAAGUAGUGAGUUUUUUUAGAAUUCAGUUUUGAAUCGGACAAACUUUUUAUCGCCACAUCAUCAAAGAGCUGUUCCAGACGUUGGUUUUUUUUAUAUACUUUUUAAGCUCCCUUACACUGAGAUAGCUUUUAUUUUAUUUUCCUCUACUCUCCCCCCUUUUUUUUUAAUUUUAUUUUCAGUUCAUCACGCAUCAUUCUUCAUUCGUACUCGUAGCGGCGUGCUCGCGCGCUGGUUUACAAGACUACUAUGUUUAGAGCGUAUAACGUAUUUCUGCAUUUAUGCCAUUAUCGAUUCAGUGUGCAUUCUGGAGAUAUAAUUUGUGUCUCGAACAGCUCCGCUCCAUGUACAUACAAGGAAAAAGAAAGCUACCAUAUGUAAAAGUUCGAACACAGCAUUAAGUUAAGGAACUUAGCAGGCGAUUGUGUCUUACAUCGUGUUUAUGUAUCUUAUUACCGUGUUUAUAUAUGUAUGUUUGUUGAAUUCAUUGUCCCUGGAAAGACUGCCUGAGAAGAAUCCCGGUUUUUUAUUUUUACUUUUUUUUUUAGUACAAAGAUACAAAUUGUUCUGCGGAGCUCAGUAAACACCGACAGUUACAUAACGUUGAUACUACAAUCUCCUACUCAUCGAUGUAACAAUUAUGUACAACAAGCGUUACAUUACAUUGAUAUUGAGUGAGAAAUUGUAACAUUGAUGUUAUGUAACUGUCAGUUGGUGUUUAAUGGGAGUAUAUUGGGUCAUUCGUAUAUAUAUUUAGAAUGUAUUAUAAAAACGCUGCGUGAAGCUAGCAGCAGAUUAUCCGCGUAAUUUGCGGUUCGCUUUUCGUAAGAGAUUCGCGUGUGGCGUGAACAGAAGCAGAGAUUCGUUUGUCAGUACAGAGUGCAUUUUGGCAAAAGCAAAAGGCGUGAAACGUCGCGAAUUGAUCGUGACUUUUUUAAGAUGUACCAUAGAGCAAAGCCUUACAUAAGGAACCAAAAAUAGCAAGGAUACAUUAUUGGUAAAUAAGGAUGUUGGAUGACUUAGUGAUGUAGAAAAAUUGCUUAUCAUGUAGAAGGACAAGAGUGACAAAGAGUGGAGGAGUUUGUUUCUCGAUCUUGUCGUUCGGUAUAUGUUAUUUUUCCAAUUUUGAGAUUUGAAUUUAUUCCCUCAGGACACGAACAAAUUCAAAAUCUUUUCCGACAGUUGUAUUUCAGAAAGUAUAAUCGAAACGGAUUGAAAAUCAUUCUUCUAUACUCGCUAACAUCCUAAAUUUCUUUGAUAUCUGCGACUUCCAACGUCCUUGAUUUACUCGGUAGGCGUUUCGUAUAUGAUAAAUGUAGAUGAGAGUCUCCCUAUUAUAAGAUAGACUUCUGAUACGAAAUAGCAAUUCUGCUAAAUUAAUGGAUAUCAUUGUUGAUUCUGUUCAUCAUGAAUCAAAUUAGAAUACGCUAUUCUUUUACGUGAAUGGAUUUCCGUGAAUCUACUGCGAAUCGGGAAUCGUGAAUCACGAAUUUAGGUCACGUACAAUGUGACAUUAGCUUUAAAGGGGCAGCCUAUUUUGAAGUUUUGGAAUUUUUUCUUGAUAAUACGCGGAAAGACAAAAAUAGAAGAAUUUUUACGAUAAUACUCUCUUUUACGUGGAACAGAAGAGACGUGUUGAAGAUACAUGAAAAGUUUCACAUGCUCCGUUUCUGGAAAGUAAAAGCUGACGUUUUCAAAAUGACGGUGCUUUAAAGCCAAAUUUCUAAUUUUUAUCUUGUAAAAUUAUUUAUGUAUGACACUUUUUUUUUAUUUUUGAUACAUUCAAAUUCUCAACAUAGUAUGAAAAUGAUGUGAAAAUUAUGUGAAAGUCCUGUCAAGUUAGAAAAAACGUGGAUUGCACGUUUUCUGAGAUACGCCUACUAAUUUGAAAGAAAAAUCGCCGAGAAAAGAAACAAGAAUUGUUGAGAAAGUACUUCUUUGGAGGGUUUUGAAAUAAGCUGCCUUUUUAAUAUUUCGUUCUCUCGUACAAAGCACAAAGGAACUGUAUACGUACGAGAACUCGCGUGUCAUCCAUCGUGAAUUAAUAUCGGAAAUAUUAAUUCUAUAUUUAUAAGUGCUUGCAUUGUAACGGCGUCAAACUUAUAAGAGAUAUGGCAUUAAAGAUCAAAACAGUAGGUUGAGCAAAUGUGAACAAAUGUCUUUAAAAUCUUAUUAUUUUGAGACUUUUUUAUACGCAGGAUUUGUAUGUAAACGCAGACGAUGAGAGGUAUUACUGGACGAUAAUACGAAUUGUAUAGAAUAUUCAUAUAUCUACGAUAAGAAUUCCUUCAUGCUGUGGACGAACGCUACGCGUAUGGUUGGUGUCAGCCGUGUUCCGUUCUUCUACUUAGUGACAGAUGUAGUUAGCUUAUAUGGAUAGUAAUGAGAUACGUUUUUGAAUCCUGCAUCAAUAUCGUUCGUAGAGAUUUACAAGAUUUACAAAGUACAGUUCAAAGAAAAAAAAAGGAAGGAGAAAAGACAAAAAAAAAGCAGAAAAAGAGAAAAAGAAGAUUGACUAUGUCAAAUAACCGAUAUUUUUUUAAUGACCUCGAAAUGUUUUGACAAGGGAAGGCAUUCGUAGCAUAAGUUAUUUUUUAUUACACAUCGUAUUUAUAUAUAUGGUUCAGUGAAGCUCAUCUUGCUCUCGUUAAGUUAUCUGUGGCAUCUGUACGGCAUAUAUGUACGUAUUUACCGAGUAUUUAUCUUUCUGUAUUUUUAAAUAAGCCCCACAGAAAUAGAGAGAUUCUUAAUUAUGACACGCUUUAUAUUCUGCACCAGAGAGUGACGCUUAAAGAUCAAAAAUGUAUACAGUUAUAGAAAGACAGGAGGGGUUGUCCAUGAUCGAUUAGUCACUAUGUUUAAGACUGGUAACACGUGGCUAAUAUAACCAGAUUAAAGUCUUAGACACAGCAAUCCUCAAUCUAUUAUAUAAAUAUUUUUGUAGGCACUUUGUCGAGGAAGGUUUCUUCUUUCUGCCUUUAUUCUAUAUAUACCUUGAUAACUUAUACAGUAAGAGGAACCGGUAUUUAUUCGAACUUUACCAUUUAGCUUUGUUGAACAUCACAAGAGAUGAACGAUCAUGAUACGUAUGUAGUGUAAUGCUUUUUACAUGCAUAGUGUACAAAUAACAGCAUUUGUAAUUGACGAUAAGAAUUACCUGUUGUCUGUAAAAAUCGAAACGCCAGUCUCACGUUGUUUUUACGGACACUGGUUCUGCCUUUUCAAAGAAGUUUAAUUGUGUGACAACAACUGUGGCGCGCAUACAAUGUAAUUGUACGGUGUAUUGCCUUUGUUAAAUAGCAUUUUGGAUAAAGCCAUAUUUUUCCAUGCAACGCAAUAAUCCAGCAAAAUAAAUUACAGUUAAACUGAGAAGCAGCCUAAAAUAGGAAAGAGUGCCAGAUACAAAACAAAAGUGGAUAUGAACAAUAACACAUAGAAGAUAAAGUAAAGUUUAUCUAUCACUUAGAGUAUGUAACUGCCUUUCUCUGGCCUCAUACUGGAUCAUUAAUUUAUUUAUAUUAGACAAUAUACAAGAUACAUGUAAAGGGAAGGAAAAAAAAACUAAUCUAACUUAGAAGGCUUGUUAGAGCUUGGAUUAAUUGCAGUAAGACUGCUGCCAUCCGACUGAACACAUUCUCAAGACGCUGAAGUUGAACAUUUAAUCGAAACACAUGUCACAGAUCUUACAUGAUUGUAUUUAUUCUCAUUUAUCAUUUCUUUAUGCAAUCAUUACGUAUUUGACAGACGCGAUUGUCUCUGUACAUUUUCACCAUAUAUCGAGAUAUAUUGGAAAAGCAAGGAAAAGAGAAAGGAAAGAGAAUCAAGCAGUAGAUUGGAUAUUGUAAUGUUAACGCAAACUGAAAACAUGACUUGCAAUUGUUGCCUGUUGUAAUGUCCAAUGAGAGUUGAAUUGUAAUGACUUACUCGUAUAUGGCGUCCCUUCCAGCAAGGGAUCGGUAUCGUGUAAAUCAUUAUUCUAAGAGUUCCAGUUGACAAAGGUUUUAUACGGAUCUAUUAAACCCCAGUAUUCCAAACCAAUGAAAAAUAAUUAGUUUUCUAAUAAUAAUGAUACAAUACAAUUUUAUGUGAAUUUAGUACAGUGCUUAAGUCAGUAAUGCUCAGCGUAUCUAACAAAUAUUUUUAGUGGAACUCCGUGUCAUACUCACAUGUAUCAUAACGUCUUAAAGUAUGUAACUAAACCACAAUCAAAGAAGUGUGAACGAUACUUAAUGACUAUUAUCAUAAUAGCCACUUAUGAUAGCAGUAAAUAGGUAGCCAUUUUGAGGCAGUUUAUAAUUAUAUUUAAUUACACUGUGUAUCGCUUUGGUCUCUCCGUUUUUACGAUGGUAUUAUUAUUUGUAGAUAGAAUACAUAACUCUAGAAUCGAUGGAACCUCGAAUCAUUUAUUUGUAAGUCUUUUUUACAGUUACCGAAUAUCUAAUUGAUUAAAUAGGCAAUGCAAUUAAAACAAAAGGAAAAAAGAAAAAAAUUACACACCACGCUCAUACACACGCACGCACACACACACACACACACAUACACAUAAAUACCUACAUAAAUACGUGACAUACAGAGAUCUGUUCGCGUAACCAAUACGAUU